AUGGGUCUAUUGAAUCAACAAACGCCGAAAUACAUGCUGGUGUGCACAGUGUACAUAGUAGCCGGCCUUGGCCUGACGUCGACCAUAAUCGAGCUGGUGCGUCAGCAGUACGCGCGCUCCUGGCGGCAACUGCAGGCACUAGCUGAGAUGCUAGCGCGACUGGCGGACGACGCUGAUCGCACACCGACCAAGGCCGGACGCGACCUGAUACGCGCCGAAUUGCGACGCGCGGCCCUCGCUCUGCAAGACAAGGCUGGCUGGCAGCAGGCUGUCGACCGACUCGUGUCCGACAUCAAACGAACGCCACCGGCUCCACCGCCACCCGUUAUUCAAAUUGUUGUCUACGAGUCGUCUGUCUGA